UAUUGUUUGUAGCUUAGCCAGCUAGCAAGCUAUUCUCCCGAUGGACGAACUCUUCACACAUCGGUAUUUCCAAAUCCUUAGUACCACCCAAAUAUUAUGAUAUAUUUUCAAGUAUCAAUAAACGAUUAACUGUAACUACAGACUAGCCCUGAAAAAUGAGCAGAAUACCCGGACCCAUGUGGAAUUCCAAGGCUUUACACGAGCAGUUAGCGUCCAUCAUGGGGGCGUUGACCAAUGCAGCGGUGGCGGACAUAUGUGAAGUCGUGGAUGAAGGUUAUGCGAUUUUGCAAUUAGAAAUAUCAAGGAGCUACAAGGAAAACGAGGACCUCAAGAAGAAACUGCAUUUGAUUGAGUCUAUAAUUGCGCGAGGAAUCGAUGGAAAAGCUGGAACUCAUGCUGUUGUUACUGAACCCGUCCCAUUAGGUGAAGGUCUUCCUCCAAAACUGUCGCAGCAGGAGGACACAUGUCAGAAAAGUAAUGGCAUAACAAUAACGUCUGGAGAUUGCUACUUUGUAGAAGAAGAAGAAGAAGAGGAGUUACCCGAUGUGGUACUUAUCAAAGAUGAGGACUCCGAGGACAGUGACACACAUGAGGAAGGUGUUAAUGUGUCUUCCGUGGGAGGAGACAGUGUGGCUCCCCAUACAUCCCCCAAUGCAAGAAAGGAAGGGAACAGCCCAGCACAGUUCAGGAGCAGGAAGAUUGACUGGCAAAGGAAUGAAGAUAACAGUAUCUUCCAGGGUGAGCAAAGGAAAGAGACAUUGAAGCAGAAUCUCAAACGCCCUGCAUCUAGAUUAAGUAUUGGGAAACGGGUGAUCUUGGGCCCUCAAUACACACUGCAUGAAACCCCCAAUCAGCCUGGUUCCUCUGGCCACUUAGGGGGCAAUGGGAUGGAGACAGCGGAGCUGGUUUGCUCCUAUGCCUCAAAAACAGACUCUGAUGUGCUUGUGGUCCACCCAGAGCCUCCGCUUGUUCCCACUGUAUCAGCUGUCACCUUUAACAGUCAAGUAGGGACUCACAGCGAUAGGAGGGAUAUUGACAUGAUUGACUCUCAGCCUAUUGAAUUAGAGAUGGACGUGUGCUCUACGUGGAACAAACAGGCUAAGCCAGAGAUUACUUUCUCUCAGCUCCAACAAAACCUCGAAAAUAUCUCAGGCAUGAGUCCCGAUCACUGUCAACUGACACGGGGAAUGAACACAGCAUCGAAUUUUGAUGGGCCCGACAUGAUGAGUUUUGCCAUGUAUGAGAAGCAGUCUAACCAUCCGCAAUGGAGCGAGAUCCAAGGGAACGAGGUCCAAGAGAACGCUGACAGCAGGGAGAAGCGUUUCGUUUGCCCUUUCUGUCACAAGUGUCUGAUGACGUCUCAGAACCUCGAGGUGCACAUGCGGAUUCACACAGGAGAACGGCCGUUCAGUUGUGCCUCAGUGCGGGAAAAGGUUCACCCAGUCAGCCCAUCUGAAAACUCACCAGAGUGUACACACAGGAGAACGGCCGUUUGCGUGUACACUUUGUGGGAAAAGUUUCAUAGUGAAAUACAGUCUCACGUUACACCUGAAGAAACACCACUCUAAUGUGAGGCCUUUGUAAAGUUAAAACAAAAGUGACAUGCAUUAGAGUGCACUUCUAACCAUUUACUGUUCAAAAGCAUACAAAUCAAUGGGAAACUGAAUGAAAUUGAUUGGAUCACAAUGACAUGUUUUAUCUAUUUAGGUAUUAGAAUAUUGCAUUUUGUAUUAUGUAUUUGGGUACAUCUUGCCAUUCUAAAUAAACUAAUAUGGCAGCAUAAUGUACCAUUAUGAUUACACUGUGUACUAAGAACAAUCGAAGACGAUAGCGAAUCAGUAUAUCAACAUAAUUGUUUUCUAAAACACCCUGUUAAAAUCAACAAUGUUAAAUCAAUGUGUUAAUUUGUAGACAAAGAGAUACAUUGAAGCCUUUAAUCAGCUGUCAAUGCAUGGGAAUGUUACCUGGGAAAUGUUACCUGGGGAAUGUUACCUGGGGAGUGUUACCUGGGGAAUGUUACCUGGGGAGUGUUACCUGGGGAAUGUUACCUGGGGAGUGU